GAAAGAUAUAUGAUUAAAGUGUUACAGGUUUUCACAGAAUAAGCUCGUAAAAAAAAAUAGAAAAUAUGUCAUCUGAUUCAGAAGACGAAGAUUUUGCAGAAUAUGGAACUCCUCUCGAUCCUCUUGAUGAAGAUGAACUUCCGAAGAAGAAACCCUUCACUCUGAAGGAUCAAGUUGCUGCAGAUAAAUAUGGCAGACGCAGGUUUCAUGGAGCUUUCACUGGAGGAUUUUCAGCUGGAUUCUUUAAUUCAGUUGGUUCGCUUGAAGGAUGGACACCAUCCACAUUCAAGUCAUCUAGGUCUGAUAGAGCAAAGGGAAUGCAGCAAAAGCCUGAAGAUUACAUGGAUGAAGAGGAUAUGGAUGAAUUUGGAAUAGCCCCAAAAGUUCUUCGUGCCACAAGUGACUUUAAUGAAAGCAGCAAGAAAAGAUCACGGAUGCACCAACUUUCAGAUGGACCCAUUCCAGGAGAACCAGCCUUAAGGGAGCUGUUACAACCUGUCAAAGAAACUGUUGGAAUGAAACUUUUGAGAAAAAUGGGUUGGAAACCCGAACAAGGAACUGGACCAAGAUUGACAAAACUAGAAAAGAGAAGAAUGAAAGAGGAAUACAAGAGAACAGCAGUUAAAGUGUAUGGUUGUGCUUUGCCACGAGAUGCAAACAAAGAAGAAGAAUCUGGCAAAGACAGCCCAUGUUCCACAGAUGAUGAGGAUGAUGCACAACUUUCCUUUGCACCAGAUGAUCUUGGUCCUAUCUUAUGCAAACCCAAAGACAAUUCUUUUGGCCUGGGAUACAAGGGUUUGGAUAGGCGGCCGAUCCUGUCAAGCCACAUCGAUCUGUUUACACCAACACCGCUAAGAAUGGAGGAGAAGAACAAGAAAGUGUUAAUUACAGGCCAGGCUUUUGGUGUUGGAGCUUUUGAAGAAGACGAUGAAGACAUAUAUGGACGAGAAGACAUGUCUCAAUAUGAUUUUAGUCUUGACACUGAAACUACAACUUCAAAGCAAAAGCACCAGAUCACUGCAACUGCCUUCGCCAAUUAUGCCGGAAAUAUUUUAAUAGGCUUUGUUCUUGGCACAAAUGCAAUGACACAGAAGAAACACUUCCCUCCUCCAGUACUUCCUCAGGGAUUUCAACCAAUGCAUGUCUUGAGGAAGUCAAGAUUUGAGCCUGCACCUUCAGAGAAAGCCUCUCUGAGCAAAGAAAAACAGUUGCUUAAAUCAAGAACGAGGGGUCUUGAGCGUCAUAAUCUUACAGCCACCGAUAGGGCACUGAUCUUAGAUGAAUCUACACCACAGGUGACUGUUCAGAAAGACACUAUGACGAGCGCAACACUUGAAGAAAAUAAAAGAUUACCUACGGAGGAAUUGAAGAUAAAAGAAAAGUUGGAAAUAUCCGUUAAAGAAGGAUGUAGUCAGUUCCGACCAUUUGUUGCUUAUCCAGAAAAACAGAAGCGCUAUGAACAAUACCUUACUCUAAGCAAAGUAGGACAGAAAGAUCGACUGUCAUACAUCCAACCUCUGACAAUGACUGAAUGGGAAAAGGAACGCGAGCGGGUUGAAUUUGAGCAGGCAGCACGUCUGUAUCAGCCCCUGUCAGGUGUCAUGAGUGAUCGAUUUGUGUUAGCAUCUCAGCCAGAUGACUUGAGCACUCCACUGCCAUCUGUUAGCAAAGCUGUUGAAAGUGACAGUGAACAGAGGGCUGCAGCCAAGCUGAAGAUGUUUGGCCGUCUCACAAGACAGGAGUCUGACUGGCGGCCAUGCAGUUUGCUCUGCAAGAGGUUCAAUAUCCCGGAACUCUAUCCCGGCAGCGACGAAUCAUCCAAGGCUACACAGAAGACUUCAUCAAAUUUCUCUGUCUUCAGUUUUCUGGAUGCUGCAUCUUAUAACACAGCACUGAAAAUUCCUGAGAGCUCUGACGAACCUAUUAACGACAUUCCAUCUGCGGCAGAGUUUCCAGAAGUUACUGCAAAGCAAGAACUAGAAGUAGAAAAAGAUGAUACAGAAGCCAACACACAUAACAUUGUCUCUCAGGAACAGAAGUUUGAUGACUCAUUGCUUGAAUUUCCAGAUCCUCCAGCUAAAAUUGAUUUGUAUAGAGCCAUCUUUCUAAGCAGCAGCGAAGACUCGGAUGAUGAGAGUGAGGAAAAGGCUUCUGGAAAUUUGACCAAAGCAAAUAAUUCAAAACAAAAUGUACCCCAAGAAGGAGGAGAAACAGAAGAGAAAACUUUAUCAUUAGAGAAACUUCUUACACCUUCUGAAAAAAACACCGAAAGAAAUAUGUCACCACCUAGAGGAGUAUUUGCUAAUCUGGAUUUGGAUGCCAUUAAUGCUCGAAAGGAAAAAUCUAAUAAAGUGCCUGAAAAGAAGGAAGAGUCAGAUGUGUGUAAGAAUAAACAAACAACAAUUGACGACCAUGUGGAACGUGAACAAAAUGACGGGUUAGAACAACUUGCACAGGACAUGUAUGGACCUCAAUUACCAAGUAUUUCUGUGUCAGCUACUGCAAACAGUACAUCCCUACCUUCAGUGAAGAAAGUACUUCCCAGUGUAGUAACUUCAGUUCACAAUGAAUGGGUAGAGAUUACAAAGAAAGAUUCUCACAAAAACAGACACGGUAAGAAACACAAGAAAUCAUCAAAGCACAAAAAGCAUAAACACAAGAAAAAAAGGCAUUAAUUUUGCACUCUAAGAGAAAAUACAGCACAACCACAGCUCCAGAAGUUAGUCACUGCCUUCCCACUGCAGUGGUCCACAUUCAGUCUCAGGUCAGGUUGUGUGCGAUUUUUGGUGGACAAAAGUGGCUCUGGGGCAAAUUUCCUCAGAGUACUUUAGUUUCCCCUAUCAGUCUUCAUUCCACAGAGCACUCCACAUUCAUUAAUCAUCCUAUAGACUUUUGAUACUGACACCAUCAUUAAAUAAGCAACUUAAAUAAUCUCUUAUUUAAUGUUCAAUUUCAGUGAUCCAAACUAAUAAUCUCAUUGUUAUUAACUGCAUUAGAAAUUUUCCUCUGCCUAAUGUUCAAUAAAUCUAAAAUGGGGGUUUUGCUGUAAAGGCAUUUGUUAACAGACUGAAAUAUUGUCUCAUUGUAUCACAUAAGAGUAUAGUUCAAUACAUAGUAAGAAAAUACAUAUUGUUACAUGUACACCCGUUGCUAGGCUAUGUAUUGGUAAACGAGUUCCCGCGAAGA